GUUCCCGCGCGAGAUGGUGAGAUGGCUCGCCAGCGCGCACGGCUAAAGGAGAGCCAGCGACGAUGAAGGGCGUUGUGGAGUGUUCAUUGGAUGCGGGAGUGCCAGCGCGUUUCUUUUCUCCCGUUUUGCCCGCCCUUCCGCAGCCGAGGCCGCCGCUCGUGCUCGUCAACGGCGAACCCGUCCCCGUCAAAAACAAAGUUCUCCUGGCGAACUAUCGAUUGACGCAUGAUGCUCGUGCGUGGUAUAUUUAGGCCUGAUGAUUCGAGGAGCACCGCUCGUUCCAAGGAUUCUACCGAGCGAACGUUCGCCCAAUUCGACAUCCUAUUCCAGAAAGACGACACGACGUUCGAAAGCCGAAGACAGCAGGUCCCCAAGUCGCAGCGCUCGAGUCCAGCGGCCAGGCGCGUGGGAGUGUUCCUGGUCGUUCAUCUCCCGAUAUUGGCCAUCUGGUCAGCUCAUCCGGGGUCUCGGGGCCAAUGGCAUCGCCUGCCGACGCAGAGGAAUGACUCGGCAGCGCAGGGCAUCGCGAGGCCCCUCGGAACGGAAACAUCCUUCGAAAAGCACACGAAGGCCCGAAUGGAUGCGAGAAAAUGGACGGUUGGGUUCGCGGGCGUGAGCGUGGUGCAGGAACGAACGGCACGGAAGACACAGAAGCCUCAGCCGUGGCGCAUCAAAUUUCCCGAAUGCACAGCGCUUGGAAGGCACGACCUGCGUGGUGUGAUGAGGAGAACAUACCUAGGUGUAACAUAAAGGAUGGCAUGUAAGGUACUUACAGACGGGGAUUGGCGAAAGGCGGAUAGUUGGGUUU